CUGUUUCGAAAGUGUUGCAAUUAUGAAUUUCUUUUUAUUUUUGUUCUUGUUCGGUUUGCUUUACAAGACCAUAGAUGCUGGGUCAGAUACCGGUGAAAAUAACGAAACCGACAAACAUCGUGUUAGCUUCAGCGUGGAAGAAACGUUUAAAAGCUACCGAAAAAAAAUUAAGAGCUGUGCAUGUUCGCCAGAAGAUGUAACAUGGAAAGAAGGCCUUCAGGACCACUACGACGGAUGUAGAACAGCUUCUUGGUUAUUCCGUGGAAAAGCAUACGAUCUAGCUGACACCGCAGUGAAUUCGUUACAGGGAUGCAUAACGAAAUUAAUUUAUUUCGCCAAUGUGAACUCAACAAUAGUAGCGUCGAGCUCUACAGCAAUUUUAAAGUCGAUGAGCAGAAGUAGAAAUCUUAAUCGGUCCAGCAUGAAUAUCAUUUUUGAGUUCGAAAAAGUUGUGCUCGCGAUAUUCGAAGAAGUCAAUGAGGUCGCUCAGAAGUUAUCGGAGCACAUUGGCGAUGUUGCAUGUGCUUUCACAAACGCAGUUACCGAUCUAGGUACCGUAUUAUUCCAGUAUAUGAGAGACUUUCUCGAAAGUUGCCGAUUAUUUAAAUGCAAAAAGAGAGUUAACAACAAGCCUGUUCUCAAACAAAACCAAAAACUUAUGAACACCUUGGCACUGAUUGGCGCAACAUUGCUCAACGAAUGUGAAAAUGAAGUUACUCUGGAAGUGUAUGAGUCGGUUUUAGUUUUGCAUUUGAUCUUUUCAUAUUUGUUCAUUACGGUCCCAGGUAUCAACAGUUGUUCUAUAGAUGUGCUCUACGGCCAAAGCUGUCUUAUAUCGAAAGGCACCAUAGGCGCCUCGUUAUCAUUUGACUACGCACUUGCAUCUGUCACCCAAGCUACUUCUGAAGUCACUUUUCCGUACAACAAUUCCAUUAAAGAUCUGAUAAAAAUUUUUGUUAACAUAACUAUGACCUUAAAUACGGCUUUGAAAGACUUAUUUGGACUGUUCGAUGGUGUGGAAAUAACUGUUGGAGAGAUAGUUAAAAACGUAGUCAAGGGCACAGUAACAGUAUCCGAAUCUAAAGCUCAAAUAAACAUUGUGAAAGUGGGUUUCUAAAUAAACUGACUAUAAGGAUGGGAAAUAGUGUUUUCUAGCUAACGAAAGUUUUAUUUAAAAAAAAACUCCCUUUUGAUUCUCUAAAAUUUAUGUUUAAGAAUAACUUUCGAUUGUCGCUUCAGAUUUCAAAAAAAUUAAACUUUUUUACGAUUAGGUUGACUUAUGAAAAUUAAAAUGUGUCUUUAUUGUGAAAAACUCGGUGCUAAAUACUUUUUUAGGCACACAAUGCUCUUCACUAAGCUGCAUAAAUAACCACCAUUAUUUUCAAUUCACUCCAAUUUUACGAGCUUUGUUUCGAGGUACGUUUGGCCACUGUUUCGAUCUGUGUGAAACUUAAAUAUGUCUUUCGACAUGUUGCAUUAAUAUGCAGUUCAAAAAUACCAUUCCUCAUCAGGCCAUGGCGACAGUGGCAAGGAAAUGACCAAACUACGAGAGGUAGUCAUAACUUUAUACACGCUAUUUUUCAGUGAAUCAUUAGCUAAAUGAAGAAAUAAAAUUCUUCAAAACGCCUCAUCACUAAAAAACUUACACUCCACAUGUUCGAGUACUGUAGCUAUAGCCACUACUGCGAAAGAAAAAGCACAUCAGAUCGAUGUGUAAACUCAUACACAACAGACCUGUAAACAAGUCAAAUGCUCAUGCAUAAGUAGUUUGAUUCUUCUACAGACACGAUGUGCAAUGUGUCUGCAUUUGUUGAAUUUGUUAAACCAAACAGAUGAACCGAUCAUCAUUAAAUUGGUUAACAUAGAAUGCUAAAUGCACUCAUCACAUCAACAACGAAUCCAUGCCAUUAGGCAUAAUGUCGUACGAAAUCGAGGUACGUUUGGCUGUCACAUUUGUUAAUAACGUCGCAUUUAUAGUCUAGAGUCUAGAGGCCACAGAACAAAUUGUGUUCAUGGGUGCGCAGAAUGCCUCAACCGUUUCUGAUAGUCUGAUGUCCUGAUUAUGUAAAAUUCGGGUGCCAGGUUGGAUUCCUGGUCGUUUUCGAGAAAAGAGGGGCGGAAGUUUGUGGUGCAGUAAUCCCGUUUUUUACCUUUUUUGGUCAGAUUGAAUCAAAUAUUUCGUGAUUUUGUUAACCAAAACAAUAGAAAAUUAAAUUUCCUACAUUCAGGAACUUUCGAUAAAAACGUCUCCAAAUUCAAUAUUUAAUUUG